AUGGAUCCAACGGAGACGGAGCUGAACGCGAUCACGGACCUCGCCGGCGUGCUUAACUGGGCUGGUGUGGCAGGCCCUUUGGACACUGCCCUCAAGCUGGCCUUGGGCCAACCGCAGAGGGUCCGGGAGGUCGUCCUCAUCCCGCGACCUGCUUGGGAUACAGCCAUCGCGGCCUUGAAGGUGAUCCCGCUGGACGCGGAUGGUGCGCCACAGCCCGCGCGUGACCCCACGCUGGUGGAACUGGCACGACUUGAGUCGGUGAGGCGGGUGAGCUGUUUGAGGAUGGGCGUUACGCCCGACACCCCCGGCUCUGCUGGGCCCACGGCUCCUACCCCGGCUUCGGCGGUGGCCGGCCCUUCUCCACCUGCCGCUGGAGGCCGUAAGCUCAAGCUCUCCGCCAUCCUGGACCCUACUCUGGAUGCGGACGUGGUGGUUCUGGAACAGUCCGAGACACAGGCGCUCUACACAGAGUACAAGAAGAAGUACGGGGACUUUCCGUCUCAUGAGAGCGACCCCUCGGUGGACCAGCUCUCGGCCUUGAAACAGGUCAUUCAGGCAGGAGCGGCCCCUUACACCGACUUCUCCUUGUUCGGGCCUCAUGGUCUUCGGCUGCUGCGCAAGCAAACCUUCACUGCGUAUGUCCUCAGCGCCUGGAAGGUCUACAGAACGGCCAUGCUCCUGCUCGAGGUUGUCGACUCGGAGCGCCUCGACGGCUACGCCGAGCAUGUGCGGAGCUUCCUCACGCAGUUUGGGGACUCCGCCUGGUGGUUGAUCUACAAGGCGGAAAAUCGCUUGAGGUCCGAGCACUUGGAGCGUUUGCGCCGUCGACUUCAUGAUCAACCCGACUUUGGGUACACCGCUGCCAGGCCUUGGAAUGCGGCGUUCGCGGCGGCGGUGAAGGACAUGGAGUUCUGGACCAAGGAGCUGGUCACUCCGGCCACGCUCUGGCUCUCGGGGCCUGCCGGCCCUUCGCGGCCUACAGCUCCGCCUCCGCUGCCGCGCGUGGACGACGACAACCCGCGCCCUGGCAAGGCCAAGCGCAAAUACACUGGUGACGACCACAGCGAGAAGGAGGGCAACGUGUACAUCAAGAACAGACGCGGUGUCACCAUAUGCCCCGACUACAACCAGAACCGCUGUGGAUCGAAGAAGUCAAGUCUGGCGCUGCGGCCCGCCUGGACGACCACAGCCGAGCUCAUCCGGAGAACCGCGGCGUCCAAGGCCGCAACUUCUCCCCCUCCUCUGAAGCGGAAGAAGCCGGACGACUCCACCCGGGACCUGGGACGGCAACGGCCGCGGACACCGCCAAAGGCACGAGCCCGGCGCCCUGCUACGGCUUCCGGCCCUGGGCCAGACAAGGCAUCGGACAGCGAGGGCCCGACCGGCCAGGUGGCACACCUCAUACCGCCAUCCAGCCACCGGCCCAUGGACAACGGCCCCCGCAAGUAUGGCACCUGGUUGGAGAAGCCCGGUGACCGUUCGUAUUCGGAGUGGCGCCGCAAGGGCACCGGCGAGUACAAAGGCCGGCCUUGGGCCCUGGUCAUGUUUUCGGGGCGGCUUCGGCGAGGGGAUCUCCCCAGCUGGCUGGCGGACUAUGGCUUCCUUGUGUGCGCCCUGGACAAGCGGGCCACCGAGCCGACCGACUUACUUGACGAGUCGGUGCACUCGGCAAUCCUUCGCGACCUGGUCUACUGGGCGGCCCCUCCUUGCGGCACCUUUUCGCCAUUGCGCGAGGUCCGCCCCGCCCCGCCUGUUCUACGAAGCGAGCACCACAUUGAAGGCCUGCCCGACCUCGGCAAGAAGGAGAAGGAACAGGUGAGGGCCGCCAACCCUCGUGGAGCGCUGCUCGGACUAUGUGGGGCACCCGGCGCCGGCAAGCCCAGUCUGUGGGCGAUGCCCUCCUUCCGGUCCAUCCUCGGCCUCGAUCGUGUUGGCACCGCGGAUUUCGACCAGUGCCGCUUCGGCUUGGAGACCGUGAAGCCGACCCGGUUCCUGUUCUCCGCCCACGUGGACUUCGCAAAGCUACACGGGCAGCGGUGCAACCACCCUCGUGGCACGCACCAGUCGGUGGCCGGCAAGCAGGUCUCCGACUCGGCAGGGCAACAGCGUUGGGCCUCUGCUGACCAGGCUGAGUACACGGCCCACCUCUCUCAGAUCAUCGCGGAGGCUUUGUUCCAAGGUUAUCGCAGGGCGGCCUUGGACAAAGAGGCCGAGAACGAGCGGGCGCUCGGUGGCCUUCGCAACCCCAGACGUGCAUUGACUCGGCUCCCAAAGUCGGCCGUCGUUGGUAGGGGCAUCCGCCGGCUUCUGUCACAGGCCGUGGACCUCUGGCCUGAGCUCCUCGACCCUGCCGUGGCUAUCCUUCGUGGCGACCUCAGCCCGGAUGCUGUCACAUCGGUCCGAUCGGCCGUCCUCACGGCACUUGGUGCUACCGAAGGGACGCGCAAGAGGAAGAGGACAGCACCGGCGGCAACACCCAUUCAGGCAGCGGUGCUGGAGGCCUGGGGUGACGCCACCGAUGAUCCGGAUGCCACGCUCCUGGCGCACUGGUUGGAUCAUGGCGCCCCUCUCGGUAUGGAGCAGGAGGUGCCGACCACAGGCGUCUUCCUCCCGGUUCCCCGGGAUGGCCAGAUGCCGGCCUCGCAGCUCGACAGGCGCGCCUUGGAAGGAUGGAAGAACUACCCCUCGGCCGUGGCAGAAGAGGGCACCCUCCGAAACCUCCUCGACGACUACGUGGCCCGUGGCUUUUGUGUCCUGGUCGACACCGAGGAGGAGGCCGAGGCUUUGCUGGGCGGACCACCCGUGCUCAACCGCCUCGGCGUGAUCGUGAAGGACAAGGUCGAUGCACAGGGCCGGCCGGUUCGUAAGGCACGUGUCAUCUGGGACUUGAGGGAGUCACGGGUCAACAUGGCGUGUUGCCAAGGCGAAAGGAUCCUCCUGCCGCGGCUCCUCGACGUGGUCUCGUCCCUCCUCCGGGUCUACAGGCGGGGAGGAAAGCCCUACUUGGCGGGCCUCGACAUCAAGGACGCCUUCAUGAACGUGCCGGCGGGCCCCGACCGCAAGUACACUGCUGCAGCGGUCCCGUGGGGCAUCGUGUUGUUUAACACGUUGGUGUUUGGGUCGGCGUCCUCUCCCACAGUGUGGGGCAGAUUCGCUGCCUGGUUAGGCCGCUCAACGGCCGCGGUCGCGGACACCGACCCACAAUGCUACGUCGAUGACCCGGCUUCGUUAUGUUUGGCCCCGGCCUUGGUGCGGCCGCGCGCCAACGGGGGCAAGUCCAUAGAGUGGGUGGGAGCCAAGAUCGAGUGCGACGAUGAAGCGGAGUCGGUCACCGUCACCAUCCCCGAGCACAAGGUCGAGCAGCUCCUCGCCGACACCAACAAGUUGUUGAGCCGCCCGGUGAUAGGCUCCAGAGAGCUGCGGUCCUAUGCCGGCAGCAUGUCGUUCAUUGCGGGGCUGGUGCCCCACCUUCGGCCCUUCCUGUCCACCUUCUGGUCAGCGCUCUCUACGUGUGGUUUGGCUAAUGAUGGCCGCCCCUCGCGGAAAGCCAUCCACACAAAGAGGGUUGCUCCGGGCCUCAAGUGGAUUCGAGCGCUUUUGGUGGGCAACGUCCUGCAACGAAUUUUCUUCGCGAAGCCCGCCUUCUCCGACGUCGAGAUCGUGACCGACGCCAGCCCGUGGGGCAUUGGCGGAGUCAUGAGGGUGGGCGGCGAACCCACCGAGAUCCUUUACUCCUACCUCCCGGACGUGCUCCUCAAGAAAUUCUCCGCCGAAAGGGGAGUCGCCCUCUUGGUGGCGUUCCGCCUCUGGCUUCCGAACCUUUCCUUCGGAUCGGUGUACAGGGCGAAGUCGGACAACCUCGGCUUCUUGCGAGCACUCGCUCGCGGAAGCGCAAAGUCAGCUUCUUUGAACGUGCUGGCCCGAGAGUUUUCUCUCGAUGUCGCCCUUCGGUCGUACCAGGUCCGGGGCCUCACUCACAUACCGGGCAUCAGCAAUAUCCAGGCUGAUGCUUUGUCACGCCUGUUUUCUCCCGAGCCGAAGCACUUUCCUCCAGAACUGGAGCACGGGCCGGCUAGAACGGUGGACCUCUCCGAGGCCUUUUGGAAGGUCGUGUGA